UUUUUCGUGAACAGGCCCCUGGGGUCAGACCUGGAGGUUCCGUCCAGCUUGCGCCCUGAGGUUCCGAGAAGACCCACAGAAGCUUCCAGCAGGCCGCGCGCCAGGGCACGAGCAGAGGGUGCUGGGGCUGCAGAGUCACAGGAAGGAGCAGCGGCCCCUUGAGUGGCCGCAUUCCCUGCAGCGCCUGGACCCUCCUGGGAGCCUGUGAGCAGCAGACAGAGGCUGCCAGGCCUCGCCUCUCCUUCCGCUCCUGCAGAGCCAGGCCCUCCUCAGGUGGCUCCUCAGACAGACGCCCCCAGCACCAUGGACCUGGCCGCCUCCUUGGCUGAGCUGCAGGCAGAGGCCAGCUGCCCCGUGUGCCUGGACCCCCUGCGAGACCCGGUCACCCUCGACUGUGGCCACAACUGCUGUGGGCCCUGCCUCCGCCAGCGCUGGCAAGGCCUCCAGGACGUCCUCCCCUGCCCCGUCUGCCAGCACCACUGCCCCUCCAGGGACGUCCUCAGGAACCCCCAGCUGUGUGCCCUGACGGACCUCCUGAGGCAGCUGCCCCCCGCCAGGAACAAGAGGAAGAGGCAGGAGGAAGAGGCCCUGUGUGCCCAGCACCACCAGGCCCUGGCCUUGUUCUGUGAGGAGGACCUGGAGCUGCUGUGUGCCCAGUGUGGGGCCUCCUCCCCCCACCGGGGUCACCCCCUGGUACCCCUGGAGCAAGCUGCUGCUCAGCACAGGGAGAAGCUCAAGAGCUCCCUGGAGCCCCUCAGGAAGCAGGCGGAAGAUGGUCAAAGGCAGUUAGAAAUGUAUAUCCUCAAAACACAGGAACUAAGAGAGAAGCUAGAAACUCGAAGGAAAGCAUUAAACUCUGAAUUUGCACAUUUUAAGUGUUUCCUGGAAAAGGACCAGGAUGCCACCGAUAACCGGGUAUCCCGGGCUCAACAGAAAAUCACUGAAAGCAGACAGCAGAUGUCAGACUAUGGCUCCACACUCAAGAGUCUGCUCAGUGCAAUCACCACCCAGCGUGUGCAGACAGACCUGGAGUUGCUGAGGGGGGUCAGAAGCAUCCACCGCCGGUGGAGCAGGUGUGUUCACCUGGGGAUCCCAGCGGCCUUUAAAUACAAAUUCAAGAAGCAGAUUUGUAGUCUCCCCCCACAUUACAUUGGUCUGCAAAAUAUCAUGGACACGUUUCAGGUGGAUUUGACUCUAGACCCCGAGACCGCGCACCACAACCUCAUUAUCUCACAAGACAGGAAAUCCGCCAUCUUUACCUACGAAAGGGUGGCACCGAACGACGUUGCUCAUCCCAAGGCGUUUACCUCCCGUGAGGCUGUCCUGAGCGCUCAGGGGUUCGAGGCCGGCAGGCACUUUUGGCAGGUGGACAUCCGAGGCGCGGGUGUGUGGUCCCUGGGUGUGUGCAAGGAAUCUUUCCCCAGGGAUGCCCUGGCACCUCCCUCCCCCCGCAAUGGCUGCUGGCAGUUUCAGCGGUCCACCGGGACGCGCCUCCACUCCCCCGUGGUGAAGCUUCGAGUUGGCGUUUUCCUGGACUACGAGUUGGGAGAGAUUUCCUUUUACAAUUUGAAUAACAGAUCCCAUCUGUGUACGCUGAGGGACAAGUUCACAGACAGGCUCAUCCCCUAUUUCUCUGUUGGACCCUCCUCUUUAUCAUUUUCCAUGACUCUAGUCAUAGAUGAAAGCUGAACCCCUGUAAACAUGUCUGUGUUCGGGUUCUUCCUCUGUGCAUGGAAUGUUCUGUAAAUAAAGAGUCUGAUUCCAUUCUUGGUGUCUGAGU